AUGGCGUUCGUCCUCAAUGCACGCGACACGGACACCUCAGGCUCAGACGAUGAGUUCCCGAGCGAAAUUCUGGGCUACUCGCAGGCUUUGCAUGGAUCAAAACGCGCACGGCUAACUCCCCAGCUCGAAUCGGAAGAUAGCGACAGUACUUCGUCAGUGGGCACCAGCGAUGACUCCGAUCAAUCGGAGCCUCCUCAACGUCGAGGUGCAGACCCCCCGAACCGCUUUGUUGGUAUACGUGGGGAGGUUGGGAAUGGACAGUAUCGCCCUGGGGCGAUUGUGAGGAUUAAGCUUACGGAUUUUGUCACAUACUCGUCUGCUGAGAUUCGGCCUGGCCCGAAGCUCAAUAUGGUGAUCGGUCCGAAUGGAACGGGUAAAAGCACGCUGGUCUGCGCUAUCUGUUUAGGACUGGGGGAAGGCCCGCAGCAUUUGGGUCGCGCAAGAGAUGCAGCCGAGUUUAUAAAAAACGGUCGCCCGGAAGCGACCAUUGAAAUUGAACUGGCUUCUCCAAUAGGGAAACGGAAUACUGUAGUAACAAGAAUCAUCAAGCGGAACGGCAACAAGAGCUUAUUUGCAAUCAACGGGAAACAGGUUUCGGGUAAAAAGGUUCGACAGUUCGCGAGAUCAUUAUCCAUCCAGAUCAACAAUCUUUGCCAGUUCCUUCCUCAAGAUAAAGUGAGCGAGUUUGCGGCGCUUACUCCCAUCGAGCUCCUGCGGUCAACUCAGCGAGCUGCUGCUCCACGUGAAGUUACUGAGUGGUAUGAAGAUUUGAACCGAAUGCGUGCAGGCCAGAAAAAGCUUCAAGUCCGAAACAGGCAGUAUCAAGAAGCACUGCAGACCCUAGAGAAGCGGCAGGAAAAUCAGCGCGAGAUUGUAGAGAGAAUGAGAGAAAGGGUGGCAGUCAAAAAGCGCCUGGAGUAUCUUGAGCUUCUGCGGCCCGUCCCCAAAUUCAGAGAGUUCAAAGCACAAUCAACCGAGGCCAAAAACCGAAGGAGGGCUCUUCUUCAAGAAAAGGAAGCCCUCGAAGCUCAGAUUCAACCUAUCCUAGAAGCCAUCGCUGCGAAACGGAAGUAUUUUUCGGAGCUCGUCGACGUCGUUAAACAAAAUCGAAAGCAGCACAUCAAAGCUAACGAAUUUGCAAAAGGAUUUUGGAAGCAAAUGGAUCAAGUCAGCGGAAAGAUGAAGGAUCUAACAGCACGUAUCGAGGCUGAGAUCAAGUCAAACUCGGGCUACGUGACGGAAAUGAAAAAAUUAACGCAGAGCAUUGAUCGGAUUGAACGAUUAAUGGAAGAAGGUGCUCCCGAAUUUGACAUCAGUGCUUACAAUGCGAGAAUUCGUGAACAAGUCCUCCGGAUGCGCGAUAUUCAAGAUCGGAAAUCACAGUUGCAGAGCAGGGAGAUGCCGAUUAUCCGAGACCAUAGUCAUAACAAGGCCAGCUAUCUACAAUCUAAACAACGAUUAGAUAGUUUAGGCUUCCAGGCAGGGCAGCAGGAAGAGAAAUUGCGUCGUUUAUCUGAAGACACUUACACCGCUUGGCAGUGGCUUAAAGAUGAGAAAAACCAAGAGCAAUUUGAAAAGCGAGUUUACGGCCCUCCUUUGGUGGUUUGCACUAUAAAGGACCCAAAGUACGCGAUGGCACUGGAAGGCAUGGUGCAAAAGAAUGACCUCUGCGCCUUUACAGUGCAAACUCGAAACGACUUCAACAAGCUACAGGAAAUCCUUUAUCAACAAAAGGAGCUUCAUGAUAUCACCAUAUACGCCUGUUCCACGCCGCUGUCUCAAUUGACCUCACCCGUGUCGGAUGAAGCCCUCCAGCAACUGGGUUUCGAUGGCUGGGCGAGGGAUUUGAUAUCGGGCCCUGAGCCUGUCUUGGCUACGUUGUGUAGCGAAAACAGCUUCCAUACUACCCCUAUCAUGCUUCGCGACAUCUCAAAUGCAGAAUUCGAACAUCUUGAAAACGGACCCAUUUCCAGCUGGAUUGCAAAAACGCAACAUUAUCAAAUCACCCGACGACGUGAGUAUGGCGCGGCAGGCGUUUCCACACGUGUUAGGCGUUUGCGACCAGCCAGGUGGUGGACAGACAAACCGGUUGACGAUUCGAUCAAAAUUGAACUCCAGAACGAGGUUAUGAAACGGAAACGCGAAAUGGACGAAGUGCAGGCACAGUUGGACGAAGGAAAAGCUGAGCUAGAGCGACUUGAGGCUGAACAUGAGGAAGCUUCUGGCGAAAAGUCUAAAAUUGAGCGAGAGAAGGCGGAAAAGCAGGCUGCAUUGACUAGCUUCAAGGCUUUACCCACGAGACUUGCCCAACAAAAAGAUAAACACAAAGAGCUAGUAGAACGUGUAUCUCAGUUUAGGAAGGACAUCGAGUCUCUGCGUAAGAAGAAGGAUUACCUUUCUCUAGAGAAAGCCGUAUCUGUCUUGCAAUAUACAAAAUUUGUUGAGAAAUACCGCAAAUUGCAUGAAAAUCUAGUGCAAAUGCGAGUUCGAGCAGUUGAAGCCCGGUCUGACUGGCAAAGCCUCAAGAAACACAACUCGGAUGUGACAGCGGUAGUCGAAAGAAAAAAUUGCGAGAUUGACGAAGUAUCUCUCCUAGUGACCAACCUCAAUAAAGAGGCGCCCAAACGCAUAGAAGAAAUGCGGAAAAUUCGUCGCAUGGCAGAAGACGACCCAGAGCUAUCCCAAAUGAUCGGAAGUAUCAGUCAGUAUAGCUGUGAUCAAUUGGAAGCUGAGAUAGACUCUGCAAAGGCUACGUUAGAUCUCACGUACGAAGGCAAUAGCUCCCGCGUAAUCGAGGAGUUCGAGCGCCGUCAACAGCAAAUUGACAAACUAAACAAGAAAUAUGAAAAAAUCCAAAAAGAUUUGGCGGAUUUUGAAUAUGGAAUCGCGGAAGUUCGAGGAAAAUGGGAGCCUACUCUCGAGGCCCUCAUACAGCGGAUCAGCAAUGCAUUCUCCAAUUUCUUCGCGCGCAUCGGAUGUGCAGGACAAGUCAGUAUCGACAAAGGAGAAGAUAUCCCCGACGAGAAUGGCCGCCUGGGCGACACUAGCGACUUUGACCAAUGGUCAAUCCGCAUCCAGGUCAAGUUCCGUGAACAAGAAUCCCUGGCCGUUCUUAAUGCACACAGACAAUCCGGCGGCGAGCGCGCAGUAAGCACGAUUUUCUACCUCAUGGCUCUCCAAUCGCUGUCUGCCUCUCCGUUCCGCGUCGUGGACGAAAUCAACCAAGGUAUGGAUCCGCGCAACGAACGCAUGGUCCAUGAGCGUAUGGUUGAAAUUGCAUGUGGACAAGCCGAUUCAAAGGAUGCUGGUGGACAGUACUUUUUGAUAACUCCUAAAUUGCUGAAUGGGCUGCGCUACCAGCCGGGAAUGACGGUGUUGUUGCGUCUUGCGGAUGAAGAACCUAAAAGAGGCAAGGAGGAAUAA